UUGUGUUGUGAAUAAAUAAAAAUUUAUUUUAUUUAAAAUGAACACACAGUUAGAAAAGCAUAUAAUUAAAAACAUACCUCCCACAGUCUAUUACAUACCAGAUUUUAUUACUCCAGAAGAAGAACAGCAUAUUUUAAAAAAUGUAUACUCUGUACCUAAGCCAAAGUGGACUUCCUUAUCUCACAGAAGGCUUCAAGACUAUGGUGGAGUGCCCCAUAAAAAUGGUAUGAUUGUAGAAGAUAUACCUUCAUGGUUGCAAGUUUAUAUGGAUAAAGUUACUAAUUUAAAUAUCUUUGGAGAUAAAAGCCCCAAUCAUGUAUUAGUUAAUGAAUAUUUGUCAAAUCAGGGAAUAAUGCCACACACUGAUGGUCCUUUAUUUCAUUCCAUGGUUACUACAAUAAGCUGUGGUUCACAUACCAUGUUAGAAAUUCUAGAAAAUAAUGAUAAAAGAGAAAAAGUCUGUGAUAUUCUUUUAGAAAAUAGAAGUUUAGUUAUAUUUACUGAUAAAAUUUACAUAAAAUAUUUACACGGAAUCAGGGAAAUGGAAAGAGAUGAGAUAACAGGAGAAAUAGUUAAUUUAGAUUUAUGUAAAGAGAAGUAUGAAAUUGGUCAGGUAUUAGAAAGGCAGACAAGGGUAUCCUUAACAAUAAGACAUGUACCAAAAGUGCUUAAAAUAAAACUCUGUAAUCUACAGAAGAGAUAAAGUGUUCAAAUUUUCAUUUUACAUUUGUAAUGAUUUGUGCAUGCUUAAUAAAAAAGUGAUGAUUU